AUGCCUGCAGUGCGAACAGGACCAGCGUCGCGUCCUGCGCGGCAACCUUUGUUGCAGCUAUGGCAGGCAUGCGUGUAUCUCCGUGGCCAGAAUUAUGAGCAAGCACCUCCGCGGCGGGUGCAACAGAUUGGCGAGCUCGCGUUGGCGUGGGCAGGACAGGGCGGGCAAGCCCAAUCCUGCUCAGAUGAUACGCAGCCCUCCCUUUGCCUUGCCCUGUCCCUCGUCCUCCCGACCAUGCGUCCUCUCCCUCCUUUUCCCUCCGCCUGUCCCGCUCACGGCUCGUUCACGGUCGCGGCCUCGCUCGGGGCCAUCCGCAAGGUCGUCGAGAAUGCCCACCGGCGGCAGGAGCUAUUCAGCCCAAGAGCUCCCAAAAGGUGUUCAUGGCGAUCUCAUGGCGUGACGAGCGUAACCGUCCAUGGCCUUGUCGCGAGCAUGCGCCAGACCGGGAAUGCGGAUAGAGGUACAAUUGGAGAUGGCUGCGAAUUCACCCAGGCGCGAUGCAUGCAUGCGCUAUCGCUCUCGCUAUGCGAUGAUGAAUGCUGCAGUAGAAUGGGCGGAGAAGCGCAUAUGGAUGCGAACGGUCGCGGAGGAGUGCAGUGUGACCAGAGUCCGAGUCGUGGAAAUGCUGAGGCGUCGAGAUUCGGAAAGCUGGUCGUAGUCGCCAGUGCGAGUCGUUGUCAUGCAAAGGCUAUCAAGUUCAAUCAGACUCUUGUUGUAUAUCGCUCAGUAACGUACGCCGUCGCUGGUUGGGUUGUGAGCGAGAAGGGCUGCGACAAUAUUGGCUCCUCGUGCGCACAGCGUGGAGCUUCUCCAUCGGGCCGUCUUCCUCAUCGGCGUCUACUCAGGGACCUCUUCCUUCCGGCUUCCACACUCCGACUGGGCUCCCGCUGCUUCGCUAUUUGGCUCUGCGUCGCGGCACACGGAGCUGGGUCACGACGUCAAUGGUGUAGGCUCAGCAUGAAGGAGUAUAGUGGUGGUACAGAGGCACGAAGAAUAUCAGAGCUUGCGUUGAGCGCGUUGUGGUCUUGCAUUGGAAGCUUCAACACAGCCCAGCUUGUUGGCGCUGAUCUCGUCCAGUGGCCGUCCGAACGAUAA